GCCAUACAGAAUCAAGUACGGAGUAGUAUCUUUUUGUUUCCUUUCAUUCCAUUUGUGGAACGAGGCGCAGCGAUUGCCUUGAGCCUGAGCCUCGCAUCCUCCUGACGCGAUGAUAUAGUACCUCUCUGUUCUCCUGAAUCCUUCAACUUGGACCCCAAAUGAUAUUAUUCGCUCCUAGCCCCCAACAGUUAGUUGUCCUUGAACCACGCCUCCUUCGUCAUAUAUAAUUACUCUAAUUCUCCUCUCUCAAUUCACCUUUCACACCAAGCUGCCGUCAUGGCCAACAGACCACCUCACCAAUCAGACAGAGACCUCAUGCCCCCACCCCCUCGCUCGCGGCCCCCACCACUCUCCCACACCCUCGGCGGCACAACAAGACCAAUCCUCCUCUCGGACACGGAAUUAGAGUCUUCAUCUGACGAUGACGAUGGCUCAGCCUCAUCCACGCCGCAUGUACGCGCCAGGGGCCUCCAAGAUGCCACGCAGCGAAUGCUCGAUGAUCUGAGAUCUGUUGUGCAAGGCACAAACUACUGCUGUGGUGGAACCAUCCCAACCGAAAAUUUCACGACCUCGACAUCGUCAGCAGAAACCGAGAGAAAUACCGCGAGUUCAACUACGCUUCGCUUCGAUACUCCUGAUGGCCUUGUGGCGAGAAUAAAGUUUCCAAAUACUGCUGAAAUCAAACCUCUUUCACGAGUUUGCUCACAUCCCACUUUCUCAAGUGAAGGGAGGGGUGGCCUUGAUGCGAGUCACUUCUCAACAGAUUUUCAUCCCCAUGACUUCGGCAUCAGUGAUACGAUUGCUCAGACACUUCUGCCUGGGGUCGAGAGAUUAACAAAGGAUGAGGGGACUAAGAAGGGGGAAGAACUUUGGGGUGUUAAAACUGAGUUGAGGGCAUUGAAUAUAUACUACCCUUCCAGUUCCAGUUCCGCAAUCAAAAUCCAGGACACCACAAGCGAGAAGGGACGAGCCGAACCGCAUUUUGGCACCCUAAUCAUCUGCCUCCCUUGUCCACACCAAGGCGGCCAGCUAACCCUCUCGCACAAAUCCCGAACGCAAACCUCUGACUGGAGCUCUACCUCUCCUUCAAUUCGAUGGGUAGCCUUCCACAACCAAGCUGCACUAUCAAUUCAGCCCGUUACUGCUGGCCACCUAAUCACGUUGACCUAUAAUCUCUUCAUCUCCUCACCUAUCCGCCUCCCUCUCCAUCCCACCCUCCCUUUCGCAGAUCCAACUCUCUACCCCCUCUACACAACCAUCAAAACCAUGCUCACAGACCCCUCGUUUCUACCAGAAGGAGGAACACUUGGUUUCUUCUGCACCAACAACUACGGCCACACCCGUCGUAAUGCAGAUAAAAUGUUUCCGUAUUGUUUGAAAGGGGUAGAUGGCGUGCUAUUUAGCGUCUGCAACGCACUCGGCCUAAAGACAACCGUGAAGCCGGUCUUAGGCGAUGAAGCAUGGGACGAACACUACGAGUACCUUGUACAAAGUUUCAUGGAGGAAGAUGGAAGAGAAGGAUCUGUUCCUUCGCAACAAAAUAUUUCAAGGAUUGGCAAGGACUUUGGGAGGAUAAAGAUGGUUGAUGUGCGGAUUGAGACUGGCGAGGAUCCGACGGCUGUGGUUAAUAAAUACUUCCCGUUCAAUGACGUCGAGGGUGUGGAGUGGUUGAAUGAGGCAAGGCAUGAAGGGUGGGAGGUGCAGAUGGUCAAUUUGAGGAGGCCGAAUGGGAAAGAGGGAGAGGAGGGAGAGGGAGGCGGCUUGAUGUGGCAUUAUAGUUGUGCGGCGAUUUUGGUUGGCGUUUCUGGGUGGGAGGUGAGGAAGGGAAUGAUGGCGGUGGUGGCGGGACGAGGGGAGGAGGAGGAGAUGAGUGGAUGAAGGGGCCCGAUAUUAAGAUACCAGGUUAGCUUUUGGAUUGUGUGCGAGGCCUAAAUAAAAGAAAGGUCCCUUCAAUAGCGAGUGCUGGGAAGGCCAGAGUCUGCAACGUCCAUACUAAGUUACUUUUUAUUGAAGAUUUAGUUAUACUGAACUUUCAGUACAACCACUCAAAAUGUGAUUCGUUUAUAAUUUGGAAUGUACCAGAUUUCUGAGCACAGC